UUAAUGUUGCUCACAAGACGCUGAUGAAAGUUCCUUACACCAAGUUGUUAGAUAACUAAUAGAUAGCUGCGUUAGGUACUGUUUAUUGAUAAGGAAUCUGCAAUUUUCUUCAAGAAAUGUUUUCUAUUAUGUAAUUUAACUACACUUUUCAAUUGAGUUGAAAGGAGGCGGGACAUAACAUUAUCAUUGGAUUGUUGUCGGUCUUGUUUCUCGGCCUUGGAUUUUCCCGGCGGUGGUGUCAUAAUUCACCGCUGGCUGGCAGUGGGUUCGGGGCAGUGUGUUUCAAUCGUAAUGCAGCUGGGGUAGGAGCCCAAGCUGUACAUUCUCCAGGGAAACCAACCGAAACAAGAGGACUCCCAACACCAGCAAAUUUGAGAUGAUGCCCAGAUAGACAGCCAUUAAUAGCUAACUUGGAGAGUAAGGAGUAUAUUUACGAACCUUCGGCUUCGCACACGGCAGCAAAACAACCAACAGCGUGGGUAAAGCAAACAUUUGCCCUAGUCACUCUGGACGACUUGUUUGGCUUUGACUGUUUUGGUUCACUUGUGGGGGAAAGAAACCCGCUAGAAAAUUCGCUUUGGCCAGAUUGUACCUUGACAUCUCGACAGCUAGCGAGCUUGUGGAAGAACAGUGGACAUUUGAGAAAUGGCCACAGCCGGAACGGUUUCGUCAGGUCCAACGAGUUCCUCAGGCUCUACUGGAAAUCGGAAAAUGGCUUCAUCGGAGGGUGUGGGGUCCUCUAGUUCAUCUCAAACUAUAAAGAAGACAAUUGGCCACCGCGGUCUUGACCCCACUGGCGAGACCACCUACAAGAAGACUACCUCGUCUGCCCUCAAAGGUGCCAUCCAGUUGGGCAUCACCCACACAGUGGGUAGCCUGAGCCAUAAGCCUGAGAGAGAUGUGCUCAUGCAGGACUUUGAAGUGGUGGAGAGUAUUUUUUUCCCCAGCGAGGGCAGUAACCUGACCCCUGCCCACCACUACAGCGACUUCAGGUUUAAGACCUAUGCCCCCAUUGCCUUCCGCUACUUCAGGGAGAUGUUUGGUAUCCGGCCAGAUGAUUACCUGUAUUCACUGUGUAACGAGGAACUGAUUGAGCUGUCCAACUCCGGAGCUAGUGGAUCUCUGUUCUACGUCUCCAGCGACGAUGAGUUCAUCAUCAAGACUGUUCAGCACAAAGAGGCAGAGUUCUUACAGAAACUAUUGCCUGGCUACUUCAUGAACCUGAACCAGAACAAGCGGACCCUGCUUCCAAAGUUCUACGGUCUUUACUGCGUCCAGGCAGGGGGGAAGAACAUCCGCAUUGCCGUCAUGAACAACCUGCUCCCGUGUGCCGUGCGCAUGCACCUCAAGUACGACAUGAAGGGCUCCACCUAUAAGAGGCGAGCCUCGGCCAAGGAGCGAGAAAAGGAAGUCCCCACGUUUAAGGACCUGGACUUCAUCCAGGACCUGCCCGACGGCCUGCUGCUGGACCCGGAUAACUACAACGCUCUGAGCAAGACCAUCCAGAGAGACUGUCUGCUACUGCAGAGCUUUAAGAUCAUGGACUACAGCAUGCUGGUAGGGAUCCACAACCUGGAGCAGGCGGCUCGGGAACGGGCUGGGGAAGAGGCAACUGGAGCGGCUGACCAAAAGAGACCGGCCCCACCGCAGGGCCAGAAGUCUCUCUACUGCACCGCCAUUGAGGCCAUCCAAGGAAACGCACACGGCACGAGAGCCCUGGACACCGAGGACCAGAUGGGAGGUAUUCCCGCACGCACCGCCAAGGGGGAGAGGAUGCUGGUGUACAUUGGCAUCAUCGACAUUCUGCAGUCCUACAGGUUUGCAAAGAAGAUCGAGCACUCCUGGAAAGCUCUGGUCCAUGACGGGGAUACGGUUUCAGUGCACAGGCCAGGUUUCUAUGCGGACCGCUUUCAGAAGUUCAUGUGCAAUACUGUCUUCAAGAAGAUUCCACUGAAGACGUCUCCAUCGAAGAAGAGCCGCGGGACCCUGGGAGGUGUACGGAGGGCCAACGCGGCAGGUGCCGGACCCUCUCUGUUCGCCCAGCUCAGUAGUAGCAACAGCCUCGGACUCCCACACUCCCACAGCACAGAGACAGAGGGAGACAGCGGCGUGCAGUCAGAACGCCCAGAUCUGCUACCCAAGACCCCCACACACGAUGAGGUCACCACCAAGUCAGGCGAUACCACCCUCUCCAAUUCCUCUUUGGGUAGCUUGGGGCUCGUUACAACAUCUCCUUCGGUCAGGUCAGUAGGAGUAGAGGUUCACAAGGCAGCGAGCACAGAGCAGGACCCUAUCGGCCCCAAGAGUACUGAAGCUGUGGCAUUGGUGACAUUGGCUGAUGAGUGUGUCGAUGGAGAUGACAUAAUUUCACUCGAUGACAUAGUCCCUCAGACAAGCAGCUGUUAUUGAACAACUUGCUGUAAAGGACAGAAAUGGACUUAUGUCAGGAAUAUAAGAAGGUCAAAGGAAGUCGAUAGGUGGAGAUGAGAUUGAGAUAUAAAGCUUAAAGCUUUUUCAGAGGCCUUUCGUAAGAGACGCCACAAAAGGAUAACACAACCAAGAUAAAGAAGGAAGACCGAGUGGGGGAAAAAGAUUGAAUGACGAGUGCAUUCCAAGAUUCUCCCAUACAAGGACCAUACUUCAAAAUUGCAUUGAGGUGGUUUUAACUUUUCCAGACCUUGCACAGGAUUGGGUAGUAAUAUUUUCGCAAAUGAAUUGGUGCCUUUGCUACUAGACCACAGAUUGAGGUGUAUUAGAUAAAUAGAUCUAAGUUGUGGCUAUGGCACAACUUGCCUCUGCCGAGACUAACGCAUCUCUAACAAGGACACCACUUAGUAUUGUUCUUUUCGUGGGAAAGGUAGACUUAGAAUGUAACAUCAACAGUUUGCUUUAUGUGAUAAGAACAGACCAAACAAGCCUUCACAACAGGCGUGACCAAAUGGCACCAAGACUGUUUGUCUUUUUUGUGACUCUUUCAACCUCCCUGUGAAAUGGAUUCCUGGGGAUAUUCCAUAUUACGCUGGUGUCAUUAAUUUGGGCAUAUACUAUAUAUUGUUAUUUUUAUUACUGAUGUGGUGCUAUGAUAGUGCUACUAUUUGUGUUCAGAGUACGGUUUUAAUGACAUUUAUUUACAUUUUAUUUUCUUCUGUGAAAUAUUGGAUUUUUGGCCUUUCUACAUGACCUUACUGUGAAUGUUGCACACCAAUGUAUGCUGGAGUGGGUAAAAUGUACCAUGUGUGGGAAGUUAAUAGAGACAGGCCAUGUAAACGGGUCCUAAGUAAUAUUUUGUGGAAUUUGACAUUAGAGGCCGGAAAGGGACACAAGCUCAAUCCCAAUUCAACCCCUAAGCCCUAUGCACUUGUUGAGAUGGCUUGUAGCUCCAUCUGGCUUUCAGAUAGACUUGGAGAUUCACCAUACUACAUUUUCCAAUCAGUUUCAGAUCACCUCAAGUGCCUUAGGGUAAGGGAUUAGGGGUCAACAAGAAAUUGGUUUCCAGUCUGGAAGCAGAAAUUCUCAAGAGAACCAGAACAUUUUUUAUAUACAGGAAUCAACCAAAUGUUCUUGUCCCAACCUAAAUGUCCUUGUCUUCUGGUUCCAAAAUAAUAUUUGUGAUCCCACAAUGAUAAAUGUGUAAUUUUGAACAGGUAUCUACCUCUAGAGAAGCCCUGAAACCUGAAUGGUUAAAAGACCAUUGCCUGGUGUCCAGUCUAACCCUAACCCUAUAAGGCACAAUUGGCCUUUUUGUUGUUGUUCAGUCAGUUGAAAUGUAAAGGGUCCUUUGGUGUGUAAAGAUGGAAAAUGUUGCAGUGAAACAAAACACAACCCACCUGAAAUCAUCGGAUUUGGUUUUGGUUUGCAGGACAUGCCAAGCAUUACUCUAUUCUACCAAUCCAAGAGAAGCAGCAACUUAAGGUAUUGUAAUGAAGUAUACCUAUUGCAGCGGUGUCCUUGUGCUUUGUUGUCAAAAUGAAUAAGCGCACAACUGGCUGGGACAGCUUAACCUGGUUUGUUUAAUAAGGUAAUAUUUGAUGGGACUAGAAGAGGAAUAACAGUUUCUGUGAUUUGAAAAUUAGGAGGGUGAGCCACACCAGGCUCUAUAAAAGGGCCUUGUCCUUUUAGUUUUAACCUUUUUCAUUAAUGUUGUGUACAUUCUGGAGUUUACUAUCAUCAACUUAAAAUCUCAAAGUAAUACAAUUAUGUUAUUUUCCAACCAGCAUGAUCAACUCCAAUAAUCUCCAUUAAUAUAAAUAUAACGUAAUAUUAUUUGUCAUUCCGCCAGACAAUUCAUGGUCCCUAUAUUGAAGUUAGCUAGCUAUUUGUGUACAUACGCCUCGCAUUAUAAACCUGUGAAGCAACUAUGACACACAGCCUAUGUUGAACCAAGUUCGUAAAUAGCCAUAUUUAUUAGUUCAUUAUUUAUGUCUGUUUAUGCCUACUCCAAAAAUGUAUUAUGUACCGCAGGGAUUGUAUGCAAUAUUGAGUAAGAGAUCUGAUGGGGUGAAUUGCAUUUCUCUUAAUGUAACUGUAACUAACAUUCAAACUGUCAGACCUUUUCUCUGUUUAUUUCUGUGCUUUUUUAUACAGAUUGUUACAUCUGUAACAUCUUCCAUUUUUUUUAUUGUCCACGUUCUACAAUCUGGUAUAAUUGCUUUUUUACUUUGUAUGAACUGUGUGCGUGUGUAUAUAGCUAUCACAGAUAUGCCUUUCAUCUGGUCUCAGUUGCCUAUUUUUCACCAUGUUUUGGAGGUCCUGUUUUUAUUCCUACUUGAAUUCAUUAAAGAGAAAUAAUGAAACAGUU